AUGGGCGCGGACCGGCCCCCGCGGGGUUCAGCAGCUCCGCGGGGCCGUGCCCGCUGUGCCCGCUGUGCCCGUGUCCCCGCGUCCCUCCCGAGCGCCCACGCCGUGUCCCCGCACAGACGCGCCCUGCACGCACGGAGCCCCUCCGUGUGCGGGGACAAGCUCGGGGACAGGCUCGGGGACAGGCUGCCAGCCCCCUCCGUGUCCCUGUGCGUGCUCGUGCCACACAUGCCGUGCCACGCGUGCCUGCGGGCACCGUCACCCUGCCGCUCCCGCCCGUCCCCGCACGCACAGCCCGAUCCCCACCGCGGGGCCGUGACCCACGGAGGGGACAGCGACACCCGGCAGGGACAGGGGCUGGCAGCGUCCCCGCGGCCGCCCCACGCAGCGCCGGGGACCCGCGGGCUCAGCGAGGGGCGGCGGCAGGGGCUGGGGGCGAGCAGCCAGAAGAGGUUUGAGCCCUACCGGUACCUGGUGGUGUCGGUGGCCAACGUCAUCUGCGCCAUGUGCUUCGGGAAGCGCUACGAGCACGAGGACCAGGAGCUGCUCAGCCUGGUGAAUUCCACCGAGGAGUUCACUGACGUGGCUGCUGCUGGCAACCCCGCCGACUUCAUCCCCGUGCUGCGCUACCUGCCCAGCCGCAGCAUGAGGCUGUUCAUAGACUUCAACAGGUACUUCGUCAGCUUCCUGCAGAAGAGGGUCAAGGAGCACUACGAGACCUACGACGAGAACAACAUCCGGGACAUCACGGACUCCCUCAUUGAGCAGUGCCUGGACAAAAAAACGGGAACAAACACGGCCACGCAGAUCCCCAAGGAGAAGAUCGUCAACCUCGUGAAUGACCUUUUUGGAGCAGGCUUCGACACCGUAACCACAGCCCUGUCCUGGAGCCUCAUGUACCUUGUGACAAACCCCAACAUCCAGAGGAAGAUCCAGGAGGAGCUGGACCGCACCAUCGGGUGGGAGCGGCGGCCGCGGCUGUCGGACCGGGGCACGCUGCCCUACACGGAAGCCUUCAUCCUGGAGAUGUUCAGGCAUUCCUCCUUCCUGCCCUUCACCAUCCCACACAGCACCACCAAGGACACGGUGUUGAACGGCUACUUCAUCCCAAAGGAUCGCUGCGUGUUCGUCAACCAGUGGCAAGUGAACCACGACGAGAAGCUUUGGAAGGACCCAGAAACCUUCAACCCCGAGCGUUUCCUCAGCGCUGACGGGACCAAAGUGAACAAGGAGGACGGGGAGAAGGUGCUGGUGUUUGGCCUGGGGAAGAGGAGGUGCAUCGGGGAGAACAUUGCCAGGUGGCAGGUGUUCCUCUUCCUGGCCACGCUGCUCCAGCAGCUGGAGUUCAGCGUCUGCGAGGGCGGCAGGGUGGACAUGACCCCGCUCUACGGACUGUCCCUGAAGCACAAGAGGUGUGAGCACUUCCAGGUCAGGCAGCGCUUCCCCACGAAGGGCAGGAGCUGAGUGGUGGGAGCAGACAGCCCCAGGGUGUCCUGGCAGCAGAGCUGGGUCUGGAACGACUUUGUGGGGUGAUGGGAUAAACUGAAACCGUCAGGACUUCUGCUUUAUCUGCUUCAUUUUGUAGCAGUUGUUGCCCGUUUUGCUUCCUGGUGUUUCUGUUGUUGGAUAUUCCAUUAAAUGUUGGCUGUUCCACCACA